CCUCCCAGCAGCGAGUGUCGACUCAGGGGACCGGUGAAGGGGCGGCAGGAGUGAACCGGUGCACCCCGAUGAGACGCCACCUCCACCCGGCCUGGAGUGGACCAAUCCCCGCAGGGAGAAGAGGUCGUCAGCGUAGGUCCGGCUGGAGAGACACCUCAUCUCGCCCUCCAACUCAGCCGUCAGUCGGAGCACAGGCCGCUUGAAGAGACCACCUUGUCCAAGGUAGCAUUGCAGCCGCAUGCAUCAUCCCGGCCAAGGAUCUCCAGACGUUCACUGAAUCCUCUCCAUGCAGGAAGAGGGUGUCAUAAGGGGCUAGCUGUGGGAGCACAUGAGUCACUUCGGAGGGAUGGAUGAUGUAACGGCGUCUGGGUCACAGUCUUCCAGCAGACUAUGGCGCUAAGUGGACCAACAGAGUGGAAAAAAGUGCAUUCUUGCUGCCUCUUUUAUUGACUUUACCAAAGAACGCAACCAGGUCAGCAGAGGGUGGUUUAUAAUGACCUCACACUGAUAAGUAGCACGGCAAUGGAACUUAAUCGCAUAUGGACUCGUAUCGCUGUGGCCGGAGUGUGUGAGGUUACAUGAGUUUUGGAUUUCAAUCCGAGAGGUGACUUUUGAUGCAAGACGCAACCAUGUUGCGCCGUGGACUACUCGCCUGGGUGUCCCGUGUGGGAGGAGUGCUUGUGCUCCUCUGUUGCUCCUUGUCGCUCCUCUAUGCGAUGACCUGCCGUCCCUUGCACUCAGAUGACCCUCAGCGGAGUCACGCCUUACCCCACGCCAGCCCGAACCAGUUGGGAGGUACAAGGCCCGCGGUUGGAGCAGGAGUUGCUGGCACUGGACGAGUUGGCUCCGCGCAAAGCGGAGGACCCCCGGCGGUGCAAUCCUACCAAGCACUCCUACAAGAACGCGAGGAGCAAUACCGCCUCCAUAUCUCUUCCCUAAAGAAGCAGAUUGCUCAGCUGAAAGAGGCUUUGCAGGAGCGCAGCCAGCAGAUACGAGGUGUUCAAGAUAGUUUGAAAAGGGCCGCGGGGUCCCCAGAAGAGGGGCACGGUAUUCAAGGAGGCGGUCUUGGAGAUGCUCAUGGGGCCAAAAGUCAGCAAACGGACCUCCAGGACUUUCUCAAAAGCCAGCUUUCCAAAGCCGAAGUGACGACAGGAGCCAGGUUUCCAAGCGAGUAUUCGGCGGUCCCCUUUGAGAGCUUCACGCUGCAAUGGGUCUACCAGCUGGAGAUGGGGCUAAGUCGUGAGCCCAAGGAGAAGCCUGUGAGGAAGGACAAGAGAAACGACCUGGGAGAGGUGCUGGAGACAGCUCUGCACAGCCUCAACGCGCCAUUGGCCCAGCAGGACGGCAAAAGUAGCAAAGUCUAUGUGCCGUCUGACUUCAUUGAAGGCAUCACGCGCAUAGAGAAGGACAAAGGCACACUGUAUGAACUGACCUUCCAAGGGGACUACAGUCACGAAUUCCGACGCCUGGUCCUCUUCCGGCCCUUUGGACCGCUGAUGAAGGUGAAAAACGAGAGGGUGGACACGGGCCACGUGGUCAUCAACAUCGUCGUGCCGCUGUAUCGCCGCACUGACAAGUUCAAGCGGUUCAUGCACCAUUUCAGGGAAGUCUGUAUACGCCAGGAUGGCCGAGUCCAUCUUACAGUGGUGUAUUUCGGGAAAGAGCAGAUGAACGAAGUCCGCAGCAUUCUGGAAAACACGGCGAGGGAGGCCAACUUCAAAAACUACACCCUACUGCAGCUGGACGAGGAGUUUUCCAGAGGCCGGGGUCUGAACGUCGGGGCACAAGCAUGGAAGGGCGGCAAUGUGUUGCUCUUCUUCUGCGACGUGGACGUCUACUUCACCGCCGACUUCCUGACUUCCUGCAGGCUCAACGCUCAGUCCGGUAAAAAGGUGUUCUACCCGGUCUUGUUCAGCCAGUAUAACCCCAAACUGAUCUACGGCAGCCCGGAGCACAUCCCACCAGUGGAGCAACAGCUGGUGAUGAAGCAACACACGGGCUUCUGGAGGGAUUUCGGCUUCGGCAUGACCUGCCAGUACAGGUCGGACUUCAUCAACAUAGGUGGUUUUGACGUUAACAUCAAAGGCUGGGGAGGCGAGGACGUCCACCUGUACAGGAAGUACUUGCACAGUGACCUGCUGGUCGUGAGAGCGCCUUCGCGAGGCCUCUUCCACCUGUGGCACGAGAAGCAAUGCGCCGACGAGCUGCCGCCGGAUCAAUACCGCAUGUGCAUGCAGUCCAAGGCCCUGAACGAGGCCUCGCACGGCCAGCUCGGGAUGCUGCUGUUCAAGCACGAGAUGGACGCUCACCUUCGCAAGGAGAAACAAGCUCGGCUCAAGAAGACCUGAAAGGCUCCAUAGAGGACAUUUUCCCCAAACCUCCGCUUUUUGUCCACAGAAGGAAUCUCAGGAGUGUAAAACGUCUCAAACACAGGACCGUUUUUUUCCCCUACAGGCAAUAAACUACACAUCAGGAGCAACAUUUCGGGGCGUUUACUACUGUACAAAGAUCAGGACUGUACUGUCUUUUUAAACCGGGUGCCUUUUCCAAACAGUCUCCUCACAACCACAAGCCGGACUUGGAGAUGGCUUUCAUACGUGAGGAAGUACCACCACCUCGUGGGCUGAAAGUGAACAAACAAUGAAGGAUAUCUUUUAAAGCCUUGUAAAGCUUGUUUGGGUUUUUUUUAGGUAUAACUUAAUACUUAUGACAUUAAUUCUCUAUAGCAGGGGUCACCAACCUUUUUGAAACCAAGAGCUACUUCUUGGGUACUGAUUAAUGCAAAGGGCUACCAGUUUGACACACACUUAAAUAAAUUGCCAGAAAUAGCCAAUUUGCUCAAUUUACCUAUAUAUAUUUAUAUAUAUAUAUAUGUCCAGACAGAAAUACCCAUAUAUAUAUAUAUACAUAUAUAUAUAUAUAUGGGUAUUUCUGUCUGUCAUUCCGUCAUACAUUUUUUUUCCUUUGACAGUAGGUUUUUUUGUAUAGAAUAAUGAAAAAUACACUUAAUUGAACGGUUUAAAAGAGGACAAAACAGGGAAAAAAAUUAAAAUUUAAUUUUGAAACAUAGUUUAUCUUCAAUUUCGACUCUUUAAAACUCAAAAUUCAACCAAAAAAAAGAACAGAAAAACCAGCUAAUUUGAAUCUUUAUGAAAAAAUUCAAAAAAGAAUUUAUGGAAAAUCAUUAGUAAUUUUUCCUGAUUAAGAUUAAUUUUUGAAUUUUGAUGACAUGUUUUAAAUAGGUUAAAAUCCAAUCUGCACUUUGUUAUAAUAUAUAACAAAUUCGACCAAGCUAUAUUUCUAACAAAGACAAAUUAUUAUUUCUUCUAAAUUUUCCAGAACAAAAUGUUUAAAAGAAAUUCAAAAGACUGAAAUAAGAUUUAAAUUUGAAUCUACAGAUCUUCUAGAUUUGCCAGAAUAUUUUUAUUUUAAUCAUAAUAAGUUUGAAGAAGUAUUUCACAAAUAUUCUUUGUCGAAAAAGCAGAAGCUAAAGUGAAGAAUUAAAUUAAAAUGUAUUUAUUAUUCUUUACAAUAAAAAAAAAUAAUUACUUGAACAUUGAUUUAAAUUGUCAGGAAAGAAGAGGAAGGAAUUUAAAAGGUAAAAAGGUAUAUGUGUUUAAAAAUCCUAAAAUCAAUUUUAAGGUUGUAUUUUUUCUCUAAAAUUGUCUUUCUGAAAGUUAUAAGAAGCAAAGUAAAAAAAAAAAAAUGAAUUUAUUUAAACAAGUGAAGACCAAGUCUUUAAAAUAUUUUCUAGGAUUUUUCAAUUCUAUUAUAGUUUUGUCUCUCUUAGAAUUAAAAAUGUCGAGCACAGCGAGACCAGCUUGCUAGUCAAUAAAUACAAUUUAAAAAUAUAGGCAGCUCACUGGUAAGUGCUGCAAUUUGAGCUAUUUUUAGAACAGGCCAGCGGGCUUAUUCUUAAACAGAAUUUUAAAAAGAGAAAUGUGGAGAUUGUUACUAUGACAUAACCGCCUUUUUUCAAAUACUUUAAUUAUUUAAAAUUCGCUAUCAAAGUUUGUUUGUCACUGAAUUGUGGAUCAAUAAAACAGCAUUGACGUUGACCUAAAGGGAUAAUUCAGGUAUUUCAAGUCUAUUAGGGAAAACAAUUAUGACAAUUUGACCAGAAAAAAAUUAUAUUUCACACUUACGGAUAUUGAAUUAUUUUUCUAAAACAAUGACCAUGUUUAAAAAAUACCUGAAUUAUCUUUCCUCUGGUCAGAAUUUACCUUUUGAUGUUAUAUUGUUUUACGUUAUUCCAAACAAAUGUGAUAUUGUUUUAUAUAUUUACAAUACAUUAGUAUUUCUGAGUCAUUUAGUAAGCGUAACCUGACUGCCAGGUUUUUCCACUCAAGUUUUUUUUUUAUUAUUAUGUUCACAAUAUUGGAAUUGUGAAACUGCAAAUACGACAUGUGAUAUUUUGGCGAGCAAAAAAUAAUUGUCUGUUAGCCGAACGCCUCCCUAGGGAGGUGUUUCGGGCAUGUCCGAAAAAGUAGGAGGCCACGGGGAAGACCCAGGACACGUUGGGUAGACUAUGUCUCCCUGCUGGCCUGGGAACGCCUCGGAAUCCCCCGGGAGGAGCUAGACAAAGUGACUGGGGAGAGGGAAGUCUGGGCAUACCUGCUUAGGCUGCUUCCCCCGCGACCUGACCUCGGAUAAGUGGAAGAAGAUGGAUGGAUGUUUUUUUUUUUACAUACAUUAAUUUUUUUUUGCACUUGUACUUUACUUUUUUCCACCCAUCAGUUACUGAGCAGAUGCUGAACAUUUAGGGGUAUUGUUUGUUUAAUAUGGCUAUAGAUGAAUGGCUUGGUCUUGAAAUGUGCACACAUGGUGCUUGACCAAAGAUUUAAAAGAUUUGAAAUGACAUUUUUUCCACUCAAUCUAUACAACUUUAAUAAAAUAUGUACUGUUCAGGUAUCAGUUUGUGUGCUUUUAUCAACACUGUGUUGGAUCAACAGGCUUCAUAUCCUUAAGCACAUUGGCAUUUUAAUAAAGCCUAUAUUUAACGUGUGUGGGGGGGGGGGGGGGGCAAGGAAACAGUAUUAAUACAGACAUGACUCAUCAUUACUGUUUUAGACUUCUGCGUUGUUUUCUUUUUUUUUUUUUAUGUCUUCAGUGUUUCUUCCUGUCCAGCGGUUCUAUUUUAGUUCCUCUUCCUGCUUUUGGUCUGAUUUUUUUUUUGUGUGACUUUCCUACUGUUUUCCUCACCUGUCCCUGAUUUCUAAUCAGGAGGAUAAUCCGCCUGUGUUUAAUGUUUUUUUUUUUUCCUUACCUUGUUUUUGUCACAUGUUUAUUUCCCAAUGAAUUACUGCUGUAGCCACUGGUGCUUCCUCAUUUUUGGUACCUAAUAAAAAAGGACGUUCUACUUACA